CAGAGUUCAGUCUAGAGAGAGAGAGAGAGGAAAGAGAGGGAUUAAUUAUGAUUAGAUAGGAGGGGAAGUUCCACCAUUGCUGAGCGCUUCUGUCUUGGCUCUGCUGGCCUGCUGGCGGUGUCUCUCCCAUACCACCUUCUUCUCCUCGGUCUUCACCAGCGAGGGAGCCCGCCGCGGGUUCUUGGGCGCCAGCAUUGAGCCCAGCGGCGCGUCAGCGUCAGGUGAUUUCCGCGUUCUUGGCGUCGGGUGCUCGGGAUCUAAGCUCCUGUUCUUGGGUUGCCUGGUUCUUGGGCUUCCAGGAUCAAGGUGGGUUCUUUUCCCCCUUUUGGGUUGAAGGUGCCCCUUUCUUGCUAGUCCUUUUCGGCGAGAUGGUAGCGAUGUGUGUCUGCAUUUCCCCACUUUUGCCUCUUGGUAGCGAUUUCUAGGUGAUCUCGGUUGAUUCUCUGGUUUGUAUGGCUUGUUUGUUGAUCUGAUCUUCUCUGGAAUUAUUCAAUUGGUGGAGUCCCGUAGUGUGUGUUGCGGCUGCAGCAAUUGCUCAAUCCCGAUCACAACGAGUUCUGCGAAGGCAGUUUAAGUGUACUGGAUGGGGGAAAUGCACCAAAAUGCUCUUCCCCUCAAGAAAGGGUAAUGCCCUGCUUGUGAAUGGUUGAUACACAAUAGGAGGAUAGGAAUGUUGUUAAUUUCUUACUUUUGACUGCUAAUUGUUAAAUAAGCUACUCUUGAGUCGUAGACAGUAGGCACCAUCUGAGUUUCUUUUUACAAUCAAGUAAUACCAUAGUAGCAUGAGAAAAUGGAAAUAUUUUCGUACAAUGGUGAGAAAAACACAGAGUUCAAGAAAUGUCAGCACUUGGUAAAGAUAAGGGUGCACUGCUUUCUUCUUUACUUGUUUGAAAUAAAAAGAUUUUGUAGUUUCUUCAGUGUAAAAUUGGUGGUGCACCCACAAGAGGUUGGCAGCUGUGCCACUGCUUGCUUUCGUUGCUCAAACUACUAAGUAAAGGUUUCUCUCUAUUCAUUUUUUGGUUGGUGGGUGGAAACUGUGCGACUUGACUUGGCGGUGUUGGUGGGGUACACUGAUUGGUUACAUUGAACUGGUUCUGUUCUCCUCAGAAUUUAGUGUUUCUUGUACUCCACUAGACACAUUUUAAACUAGCUUGACAAGUUGACCAUUUAGUAUUCAACUCCAAAUUCAAACAUUAUUUUAUCUAACAGUGCUGAUAAUGAGAGAAUGAGUGAUGGAGAGUCAAAUUUGCACAUGGGUGCAUCCAGUAUCUUGAUAUAUACCUAAUUAAGAAUUUUUCACGGCCAAUUUGUACAAUUAACAUGCCUAUAAAUCUGCAUAGUGGAGGCUGUUACAUUGAGACUGACUAGUUGUACUAUACCUCUUACCACCUAUUAGAAAGAAACACCUUUCUGAUGUCCUUCUGUUUAUUUCUCAGGAGCUUAGUUUAAAUUAUAUUCAAUUUUCGAAAAUGGAUUGCUGUUUUAUGUGUGGGACUGACAUGAAACAAAAGGUUGAAGGUGAAGGAGGAAACAAGGUGAAGGUUUUUUCCUACAGUGAGAUGAGGAAAGCUACACAUGGUUUUAGUGGUGCUAAUAAAAUUGGUGAAGGUGGUUUCAGUUCCGUAUUCAGGGGAAGGCUUAAAGAUGGAACAAUAGUUGCAAUAAAAGUUCUAUCUGCUGAUUCAAGGCAGGGUUUCCGAGAGUUCAUAAACGAACUCGCAGCAAUUUCCGAUAUCGUGCAUGAAAACCUAAUUACCCUGGUUGGUUGCUGUGCUGAAGGGUCACAUAGAAUCCUUGUAUACAAUUAUCUUGAGAACAACAGCCUUGCAUGUACAUUGCUAGGAUCAGGCCGUAGCAACAUCCGAUUCAAUUGGAAAGCUCGUGUUAAAAUUGCGGUAGGUGUUGCCCGUGGGCUUGCUUAUCUUCAUGAAGAAAUCCGCCCCCCUAUAAUUCACCGAGAUAUAAAGGCAAGCAAUAUUCUUCUUGACAAGGAUCUCACCCCAAAAAUCUCUGAUUUCGGGUUGGCAAGGCUCCUGCCUCCAAAUGCAACUCAUGUGAGCACUAGAGUUGCAGGAACAAUAGGAUACUUGGCUCCUGAAUAUGCAGUCAGGGGACAAGUGACAAAGAAGUCAGAUAUUUAUAGUUUUGGUGUUUUGCUGUUGGAAAUUGUUAGUGGCAGAUGUAACCACAAUGCUAGAUUGCCGCAGGGAGACCAAUUUCUGCUUGAGAGGACAUGGACACACUAUGAGCAAGGAAAACUAGAGGAGAUCAUAGACAUAGAUCUAGGGGAUGACCUUGAUGUGGAGGAGGCGUGCCGGUUCUUGAAAAUUGGUCUACUGUGCACGCAAGACGCAAUGAAAGUACGUCCCAACAUGACCAGCAUCAUCCAUAUGCUGACUGGAGAAAAGAGUGUCUCCAUGGACAGGGUCACAAAACCAUCUGUGAUCGGAGACUCAGACCUCAACGGCGACAAUGAGCAGAGAUCAACUGAUCCAGAUUCUACCACAAUGAGAUCCUUUGCCACGACCGAACCAUUAGCUUCGUCAGAAGUGAACACGGAGACAUCUCUGUGAAAUACUGGUAUUAAAAAUGUUCUUGUAAAUUAUAGGGGGGAAGAGAGAUGGGGAAUUAUUUUAGUAGAUGCCGUGAUGCUAAACAUGAUGCAUCAGUUUUGUCAGUCGUGUUCAUUUCUUGUUUCAGUUUUUUUUUGUAUAUACAUUGAAACAAGGUCAUUGGGCUGGUAAAAAGGAAUAAACAAACUUUUUUUUGUCA